UAACUACUAAGUAGCAGUAUAUAAGUAGUUUAAUGGACUCUCUUCUUUGUUAGAGAGAAAGAAAGGACUUCUCUUCUUGGGAAUUGAGGUUCAUUCAGCUUCUACAGUUCUACAUUUACUUACAUGCACAAUCAAAGUCUGGCAGUUUCCUCUGCAACAUUAUAAGGUGAGGGGAUAAACAGUUUGCUUAUCAGUUUUUGGUUCAGUCAUCUCAUCAGAAUAUCUGUCUGUCCUGCACAUACAAAGAGCUCAAGAACAUGAACCUAUUUCAGGGUGUAAAGCAUUUCCUGAACCUGUCAAUGACACUUUUGGUAAUUCAAAAUACCUCUGGCAUAUAUUUUAGUUGAUCUGCCCAGAUCACCUUUUACUUUGAAGCCCUGAUCUUCAUCAUUCAUCAUCCCAUCCUAAUGAGAUAUGCAUCAAGAAACAUACUUCAGCAUAAAAGGGAAUGGAAGUUACAAGUUCAUGCUUUUGAAAGCAGUUUGAGGUUUAGAAGGGAAGAAGAGAGAAAUGGCUUCAGAGAUUCAAAGUUGUGUAAAAGAUAAGCAGAUGGGAUGCAUAAAUGGGAUAUUUCAAUUGUUUGACAGGCGGCAUUUCUUUACUGGCAAACGAGGUGGUUGCAAUAUCAGCAAAAUAACAGUUACAGGAGCCAAACAUAAUAAUGUGGAGCCCAUAACUGCAGCAGGUAUGGAAGUGCAUGAAAAAAACAUACAGGAGGAUUUCAGAGGAAAUCAAAGGGAUUCUGAUACUCUAAGUUAUUCCACAUGCCCUUCCACUCCUUCAUCCCUUGACGAAAUCAGAAGCUCAAAACUAGGAUUAUCAAUCAAAACCGGGAUCAAGGAAGAGCAAAGCGUCAACGUAAUGAAGCACAUAGAUUCUCCAAGGCCUCCUUUUCAGCAGUCACAUGAUCUUCGAGAUGUGGUGAAAGACUCAAUGUACAGAGAAGCACGUUCUUUACCUAUACCUGUCAAAGAAGGGGGAAAAGAAGAGGGAAGAAGAGUCAAUAUAAUGAAGCACAUAGAUUCUCCUAGGCCUUCUAUGCAAUCCAACCUUGGGAGGUCAUUUUCAACGAGAAUCCAGUUGAAAUUCUUUGAAGCUCCAUUACAUUCAACAAAGGAGACAGAUAAGGAUCCUUGUCGUUUCUCUUACGAUGAACGAGAAACACGAGAAAAUACAUUGAAGUCAAUGAUGAAGCAAGGUGAUCGCCCAAGGCUAUCAUUAGACAGUAGGGUAAGGUCCAUAAGAUCUGAAACAAAACCAAGUUUCCCCUUGCAAAAUCUCAAUGAAGGAGAAAAUGAUGAAUUAGGAAGUCAUAGACGACCAUCAAGUGUAGUGGCAAAGCUUAUGGGUUUGGAAAGUUUCCCUGAAGAACCAACUUCCCCUCUAGUUGACAAUUUUGUUCAACAAAGAAAGCAAAACCAGGAAACUUUCUCUUCGCGGAAGGAUUCUUCCCUGUGCUCCAAACCUACAACAUCAAACUCAAGUUCAAGGCUUCCAAUAGAAUAUGCUCUAUGGAGUCGAUUAGACUCCACAAGGUCCUGUCAGAAACUACCACUAAAAAGCAAAGACGCCUCCAAAAUUUUGCAACAGGCAACCUCCUCUUCUAUUUACGGAGAAGUUGAGAAAAGAAUGAGUGCAAUUGAGCUCGAUAAAUCCAGCAAAGAUAUGAGAGCACUCAAACACAUACUUAAGGCAAUGCAGGAGACAAAAUCAAGGUUAGACAACAAAACAAAAGACAUAUCGGUUCAGAAGAACAAUCACACAUUUCUUGUUGAAGAAAGAUCUCCUCCUCUUGAACGGUUCUUAUCUUCCAAUCCAAUCAAGCAAUCCACCAUAGUAAAUGACAAAGCACGAAAAAGAAUCAACACGAGGAAAAGUUACCCUAAUCAGACUCUUCCUUCAAUUCAAAGGAUGAAUAAAACUAGACCUCAAGCCUUUGAGGACUCCGAGGAACACAUGAGUGGAGGUCGAGAAUCUAUAAGCCCAAGAUUGCAAAAGAGAAAGAUUGACAUAGAGAAGCAAUAUGAUAUGAGCAGGGUUAGUAAAAACCAAAACAAAAAACCCAAUGAAUCAGAAUACUUAAACCAGAAGCAAAGCUCAAAAUUGGUCACUCAGAAACAAGGUUAUGACCACCUCAUUAAUGAGACAAUAAGAAGUGAUAGGGGGAGGUUUAGUAAGCACAGUGAUGCAGCUUCUGUAAAAUCAGAAAGUGACCAUAGUUUUGCAUCAUGUAUAGAGACAGAUUUCACAAGCACAUUUCUUAAUAUUGAAAUGGAGGGGAAAUUCCAAGAAGUCCAUAAAGCGACAAAUGAGGAAGUGCAAUUGUGUGGAGAUUCAAUGAUGCCAGGAGUCACAAUGCCAGUUAAUGACCAGCCUAGUCCUGUCUCUGUGCUUGAUGCUACAUUCUUCGUAGAAGAUUCUCCAUCCCCUGUAAAGAAAAAGAAAUCAAUAGCCUUUGAAGAGCAUGGUGUAAUGAAUGUUGAGAAAGCAGAACGGAAUACAAAGGAGUUGGAGAACUUAUCAUGCAGCACCACAAACAAUCUUGUCUCAGAGGGCAAUCUUAAGCAUAUGCUACUAAACUCUGCACCCUGGGAAGAUCACAUUAGUGAGUUAUCCCCUUUCUACCAGAAUGAUACAUCUGACCACCAAUACAUCACUAAAAUAUUGUUGGCAUCAAGUCUAUUCAAAGAUCUAGACGCUGUCUCGACGACUGCUCAGCUUCAUCCAUCAGGACAUUUGAUUAAUCCCAUGCUUUUCCAUGUACUGGAACAAGCUGAGAAAAGAUCUUUGCCAACAUGUAAAGGACCCCCAAAAAAACUUGCAAGGAUGCAAUAUGAACAGAAAACUUGCAGGAAACUUGUGUUUGAUACAGUGAAUGAGAUUCUAGUAGACAAGCUAGCUUUCGAAUACAGUGUAAUGCAAGGAAGAAGUUUCAGCGGACAGAAGAUUCUGAAAGAGCUAUAUGCAGAAAUGGACCAUCUUAGGCCUGAAUCAGACGACUCCCUAGAUACUCAGGAUGAUGAAUUGGUUGAAAUCAUAAAGGGAGAUUUGAAGAAUGAAUUGGAAGAUUGGGUAAAACAUCGUGGUGAGCUUCCAUCAUUGGUUUUGGACAUUGAGCGUCUAAUAUUUAAGGACUUGCUGACUGAAGAAAUUGGUAUUCCAAGAAGACAUCCCAGGAGACUAUUUACAUUCUAGUGGCUUCACAUUAUGUGUUUUUCUUGUCUCAAAACAUCUCAUAAGUCCUCUUUUUUCUGACUUCUAUAUGAGAGAACAUUAAAAAUGUAUAAUAUGUAGGCACCAUAUACCUAAAUCUUCUUACCGUAUACCAUGUUUUGUCCAUACUUUCCAUUCUGGUCCAAGAUUUCACGAAAAGAAAUGGACUGUAUAUAUGCAAGUGUCAGUUCUCCAAUCACGAAAAGAAAUGGACUGCAUAUAUUUCUC